AUGGGCGGCCUCCUGUGCCGUGCCUCGUCGCCCGAGCCGCUGGUCCAGGCGGCGAAGACGGCGCUGUGGGUGCAGCUCUUCGCGGAACUCGUGUGCGCCGUCCUCGCCGUGGUCUGGUGCGCCCGAUGGCCGAACCGGCGCGAGCGCGGCGGCCUCGCGCAGGCCGCCGCGUCCCUCGUCGCGUCGACGACCGCGUUCUCCGUCGCCGUCUGCGGCCGGUCGCUGAGCGCGGCGCGCCCGAGCGGCGCGAGGCCCGCGGCGGUCUCCGCGGCGCUCGCGGUCAUUACCGGGAGCGUCGCGGCCGCGGCGCUGCGGGAGGCCAGGGCAGGCCAGGGCGAUCGCGCGACGGGCACGCUGCUGCGCAUCGCGCUGCUGCUCCAGCUCGGCCUGCUGCUGGCGCGCGCGACGUGCUGCGACAUCCUCUCGAAGCUCGACGACCCGCCCGAGCGCGUCUUCUCCGACUUCGCGGCCGUCGAGGUCGCGCCGCGCCGCGUCCAGCCCGCGCCCGCGCCGCCGCGCCGCACCGCGAAGCCGCCGCCGCGCGAGGCCACCGAGGAGUGCGUCAUCUGCCUCCAGCGCGUCUCCGGCGCGGCCGCGCGGCUCCCCUGCGCGCACGUGUUCCACGCCGCGUGCAUCGAGGAGUGGCUCCGGACGAGUCGUGGUGCGGCGAAGUGCCCCAUAUGCCGCACGGCCGUGUCGAGCGACGACUCGCCGCCGGGGAGCGCCGGCUAG